UAAAUCUCGCGAGAUUUCAUGCGAGGUAAAAGAAUUUAGAAGUUUUGUUUAUAGUCUCAAAUUUUUUAGGUAGUCAGAUUCGGUUUUCAACAACUUGCAUGACGUCAGCAAAUAACCAACAUUUGAAUGAUAUUCUUCGAAAAGAGGAGGAAUAUAGGCGUCUAAAUGAAGAAUUAGAGGCUAAAACAGCCCAAUUAGUUCAAGAAGCAGAUUUGGUUUUGCGAAGCCCGUCAAGUUCAUUUUCUAAGCCGUCUCUUCUGUCAAAAAUAGACUCAGAUGACUUUUUUGAAUGGAAUGAUGAAGAAGAUUACGAAAUUCGAAAAGCCAGACCAACAACACAGUCACGGAAUCAGCUGAACAAAUCCGUAUCUAAAGCUAAAACUAAACCGGCUAUUGCAAAAAAAGCAGCCAAGCCCCUAAAGUCACAACUAUCUGAAGAAUAUCCAUCAACAGAAAGGAAUAACGAUGCUGAAAUCCGAUUUUUCAAAGCCAAAAUUCGUGUUUUGCAAGAAGAAAUCAAUCGAUCAGGUCAAGAACUGGCGAAAAAGAGAGAUAAAACUUUCGAAUUAACGUCAAAGCAAAAGUCUCUGGAGGAUGAAUUAAAUAAAACUCAAAAGACUGUAAAUUCUCAAGCAGCAACAUUGCAAAAAUUACAUAAAUUGGCUGAUGAAGCAAAAUCAAAAGUUGUAAGAGUUCAAACGGAAGUGGAAACUUUGAAAAAUAAGACACAAAAUCUAAGAAAAGUUGAGAAGAAGAUCAACAAUAAUCAAGGAAGUUUAGACGUUCAACUACAAAAAGCUCUAGACGACGCUAAGAAAUAUAGAGACGAAUUACACGUCGUGAAAUCAAAUGAGAGGGAGGGAUCCGUCCAUGAUAAAAGGCAGUUAAAAGGUCUUUUAUCCGAAAACCAAAGUUUAGAGAAAUCCAAAAAGGAAAUGAUUUCAAUAUUUAAUAAAAAUAUGAAAUUAAUUGAACUGUUAAGAAAACAAAAAAGUCUUCUUGAAACUGUUAAAACUAUUCCUUUUACAGAAUCAGAAUUUGCACGAAUAAUUGGUUGGUGA